AACUGCUGCCUUUUCGCCUCCUUGCGAAUUUCACUCAUCGCAUAACUCUCCAUGGUGGUAACCAGUUAAUGGUGCGCCUCAUCCGGUCGAAAUACUGGAUUCCGAGAAUUAAGAACCUGAUGAAAGCAGUAAAAAAUCCGUCCAAAGUAUGUGUGAUCCACAAAAAGCGGCUGCAAAGCCAACUGAUGGGUGUCCUGCCCAAAGAAAGAGCAUCGUUCUCCCGACCAUUCACGUAUACUGGCAUGGAUUACGCCGGUCCGUUCGAUAUAAAGAACUAUACGGGAAGAGCAUGUCUUAUUACAAAGGGGUUUGUGUUAGUUUUUGUUUGUUUCUCCACCAAGGCCUACAUCUCGUUAAGUCGACCGAAAAGUUUCUUGCCGCUUUCGCUCGUUUUGUAUCCAGAAGAGGGUGUCCACGUCAAGUCCAGACAGACAAUGGCAAAACCUUUGUUGGCGCUGCCACCCUGCUUUCCCGCGAUUUCCUUCAAGCCGUAAAAGAGUCGGUGACGAAUGCUUAUAGCCAUCAAGAGAUGCAAUGGCAAUUUAAUCCUCCGGGGGCACCCCGUUUUUAAAACGUUUUAAGACGCUAUAUUACAA